AGGGAACUGAGCGCACCUUCCCCAUUCUGCUGCCCCACAGCCACUGCUCGGGAUCCCCGCACCUUCCCAACCCCUACCCCACGGACAGAGUGGAGCAGCAGCAGCACAUUAACCCUUUGUUUUCUCCCCCCUCUUCCCUGUAUAUUCCUGGGAUGAUCUCGGCCAUCUCCAGCCCCUGGCUCACCCAGCUCUCCCAUUUUUGCGAUGUUGCAGCUUUCACGGCGAACAGCCUGAGCAGCUUGAACGCUUCGGGGGGCUACCACCUCUCCCCUUCCCCGGGGGACCCGUACAGCCAGCACGAACCCCACUACGAACCAUGCUCCGCCAGCCAACACUCGUACAGCUUCGGCCAUGCCUGCCCAGAGCCUGAGAGCGGAGCCUCGUCCUCUAGUUGCGCCUCCUCCACCCCGGGGAGCGGCAGUACAGGCAGCAGCAGCGGCAACAAGGCUCCGGUGAAGAAGAACCCCAAGGUGGCCAACAUCACCGUGCAGCUGGAGAUGAAAGCUCUGUGGGACGAGUUCAACCAGCUGGGCACUGAAAUGAUAGUCACCAAGGCUGGCAGGCGUAUGUUCCCCACCUUCCAGGUUAAGAUUUUUGGGAUGGAUCCCAUGGCCGAUUACAUGUUAUUAAUGGACUUUGUACCAGUGGACGAUAAACGGUAUCGGUAUGCCUUUCACAGCUCCUCGUGGUUAGUGGCAGGCAAAGCAGACCCGGCCACACCCGGUAGAGUUCACUAUCACCCGGAUUCUCCAGCCAAGGGGGCUCAGUGGAUGAAGCAGAUCGUGUCCUUUGACAAACUGAAACUGACAAAUAACUUAUUGGACGACAACGGGCACAUCAUCCUGAACUCCAUGCACAGGUACCAGCCCCGCUUCCAUGUGGUCUACGUGGAUCCGAGGAAGGACAGCGAGAAGUACGCAGAGGAGAACUUUAAAACGUUCGUGUUCGAAGAGACGCGCUUUACGGCAGUGACGGCCUAUCAGAACCACCGGAUUACACAACUGAAAAUUGCUAGCAAUCCAUUUGCCAAGGGAUUCAGAGACUGUGACCCAGAAGACUGGCCCAGAAAUCAUAGACCUGGAUCCCUCCCUCUUAUGAAUGCUUUUGCAAGGUCUAGGAAUCCUGUCUCCUCCCCUCCACAGAAUGGAAGUGAUAAAGAUGGAGAUGGCCGAAGAGAAUAUGAAAGAGAUGCUAGUGUUACACCUCUGCAUGGGGAUGCAGCACAUCAACAGCUUAUGUCACGAGUACUCAGCCCGUCCCUGCCUGUUCCUGGUGGACUUGUACCUCUCAGUACUGGCAGACCCAGCCCCCCACAUGAACUGCGCCUAGACCCCCAUUCUCAAGGCUCAGAACCACUGCACCACCAUCCUUACAAGUACCCAACCAGCUACGAUCAUUACCUAGGAGCAAAAACCCGACCGGCCCCCUACCCUUUGCCAAGUAUCAGAGGACAUGGCUACCAUCAUCACCCUAUGAACCCAGCAGCAGCAAAUAUGUACUCGGGAGCUGGUGCACCAGGCGGUUAUGAAUACGGGCCAAGAUAACAUCUGCAGCAGGAGCCUAUACUUAUUGAAUGACUAUUUAAUAAAUAUGUAAGACAAUGGAUGUUUCAUGCAUGAUUUUAAUUAUUCAGUAGUGUAUUGGAUAUUACAUUACUGUUAAAAUGAAAGCUGACCUCUCCCUAAAGUCACAUGGGCAGCCCUGCAGCUUUAUCAGUAAUUUGUGAAAAUCAUCAUGCAAACAAACUGGAUCAUCUAACAAAUCCUGCUCGAGCUGUUCCGAUAUUACAUCAGCAGAAAGCAAGCAAAGGCACUUGAGUUUGUCGUCUUUUUUCUUUUAUUUGUUCAAAUGCUAACUGGAAACAGAGGACAGACACGUUGAAGAGGAGGUGUCCAGGGACCUCUGUACAUGCACAUGUUUAUUAAAGCUCCAAGUCUCCUUCUGCUUGUGGAGGAGAUAGUUCAUCCCACCAGACCUCCACAGAUGCACUGUUCAAUUACUAACUGACAUCAGUCCACCCACCAAGGGCAUUGACUUUUAUGGGGCCUGGUGCACUAAUAACGCUUGUAAGAAGCCAUAUACUUUGUUUUGCUGUUGGUUUUAUUUUCAAUUUCUUGAAAAAAAAUGUUCAGUUGGCGCAGGUGCAGAGGAAUUCUGAGGCGAUAUGUAGUAAGCUACUUCUACCUGCCACUGUUGUUACCAUAAUCCACCCACUCAUAAAAAAUUUGUUUUUCCAAAGCCAUUUAUCCAUAACCCCUACUGACUGCAUUAGUAUGUAAUGUCUCAUCAAGAAAUGUGUGUUUUGUGACUCAAACAAUUAUAAAUUUGCAGUGUAUUUUCAAAAUGUAAGUCUGUUUACCUCCCCUAGAUUUUUUUUUUAUCCAGUGACAAACUAUAGGAAGGUGGGUGUACGGAAGUUUCCCAUGAUAUUGCAGAACUAUCAUUUAUCAAAGGAAUCCAUCCAGGUUGAAAUAUGGAUCUCUAAGGGCAGGAGUUUCUAAAGUUACGUUUUUCUUUCUUCUUAUUUAACAUGAAAUUUUUAUUUUGCACUUCAUUAACACACAGUACACAGUGUACUGGAGCAAAAUCAUGGCGAAUAUGCUGUUUCUGGGGGGGGGGACAAAGGGUGUAAACUGAAAAAAUAAAACAGUAAACCAAUUUAA